AUGUUCACUCCGUCUUUCUCGGUCUUGUCGACUGGGAUACUGCGCUGGCUGUCGCUCUUUCCAUCCCAUGACCGGGGCGGAUUUCCCCACUCUGCCGUCAAGGUUCAUUCCUCAAAUACCAUCGAAGGCGAACCGCAGGGUGUGCAUGCUAUACAAGCCUUGAUCAAGCGCAGACUCCCAGAGAGCUACCAUGAUCGGUUCACCCUCCACAUAUCGGAUGAUUUGGGCGGAAAAUCAAACGACGCCUUCUCUGUAAUCUACGACCAGUCUCGCAGCGAAGAUCAGAUCACUAUCACCGCCUCGUCCACCUGUGGUCUCUCACGUGGUGUUCUAUCCUUCCUUCGCGAUCAAGGCGCAGACAUUGCAUGGUCCGGUGACUCGUUCCAGUAUCUCCCGGACCCAUCGGAUCUGAGGUCUUCAGAUCUGCAAGGUGGAUCAUGGGCUAAAUGGAGAUACUUUCUAAAUGUCGUCUCUCUGUCUUAUACGACUGUCUGGUACGACUUUGAUAAGUGGGAAUAUCUCUUGGAUUGGGCCAGUCUACAUGGCUUUAACAUGAUUCUUGCCCUCGGAGGGCAGGAAUACAUCUGGGCAGAAGUGUAUAAAGACUUUGGCAUGACGGAGAAUCAAACUCUCGGCUACUUUUCCGGACCAGCUUUCCAAGCCUGGCAGAGGAUGGGCAAUAUACAUGGUUCUUGGGGUCAAAACGUGACUCGGGAAUGGGUCGAAAAGCAGUGGGUUCUGCAGAAGCAGCUCGUAGCAAGAAUGGUCGCUUUGGGAAUCACACCCAUCUUGCCUGGGUUCAGCGGCUUUGUUCCGCAGGAACUGCAUGAGCUCAUUGGGGGACCAGAAUUUAUCAAGGCUUCGAAUUGGAACGGCUUCUCCGUCGAAAACAGCGACAACCACGCCAUUGAUCCUACUUGGGACACAUGGACUUUAGUACAGGAAGCCUUCUUAAAGAAACAGCAAGAACUAUACGGCGGCUGGACAUCUCAUUACUACUCGAUCGACCUCUAUAACGAGCUUCAGCCUCCAUCCACUGACCUUUCGUACCUGACUACAAACACUCAAAGCGUCAUACGGUCGUUGCGUAAUGUGGAUCCCGAAGCAGUCUGGGUCAUGCAAGGGUGGUUCUUCAAUGUCGACAAGGGCAGUUGGACUGAAAAGACGGUCAAGGCACUGCUUCAUGGCGCUGAGAAGGACGAGAUCCUUAUCCUCGAUCUCACAUCAGAAGCUAGCCCGGUAUGGAACGAAACAGAGUCGUACUUUGACCACGACUGGCUGUACUGCCAUCUUAUGAACUAUGGGCAAGAGCAAGGCUUCUAUGGCGAGCUCACUCAUUAUGUGAACGAGAUCAUACGGUCGCUUCACACAUCAAAGUCGAUCAAAGGCAUGGGGCUGACCAUGGAAGGCAUGUCCAUGCGUGGAAGCAUGAAUCAGAAUGAGCUGGUGUAUGAGCUCGUCACAGACACCGCAUGGAGCGACGGUGUCCUGAAUCCUGUUGAAUGGCUCAAGAGAUUCAUAAGGAACCGAUAUGCUCUCCGUACCGCCUCGAGCAGGCACGCCGUGUCUCUGGUCCAAGAGGCAUGGCGUCUCAUCGCCGCUACGGCGUACGAGAAUCGCAAUCCGAAUCUCAAAGCUGUCAACAAGGCUGCUCUAGAACUGGUUCCUACUCCUUGGAUCAUCGAAUCUGACCUCUUGACGUACAACACUUCGGCUUUGGUGGAAUCAUUGGACCUCUUGAUCACGGCUGCGAACCAUGAUAAACGGCUCUUGAGAGUGAAGACAUUCCAUUAUGAUCUAGUGGACGUGGCGAGACAGGUCUUCAUGAACGCUGGUGACAAGAUGUAUCGGACGAUGAUUGCCAGUUGGAAACACGGAAACCAAAAGGCAGAGAUCGAAUCCGCAGGAAGAUCCAUUGUCGACUUGCUCAAAGAUGUGAACAGAAUUCUCGGCACCGAUGAUCAUUUUCUCCUGUCUUCCUGGAUAGCAGAUGCGCGGAGCUGGUCCGACGAUUCCGCCACUCAGGACUUCUACGAGUUUCAAUGCCGAAAUCAGAUCUCCAUAUGGGGCACGCAAAAUGUCAUUCCUUGGCCGCUUGAUCGGUAUGCGUCAAAGAGCUGGCAUGGUGUACUCGAUCCAUUCUAUGCCGAUAAUUGGGAAGCGUUCUACGCAUAUCUCAUCCGACAUCCUCCUGAGGCUUAUAAUCACACUGACUGGCUGGUGCAGCUGUCCCAUAUCGAGCAAAGGUGGAAUCAGCUUGUCGAUGGCGGGAACCGCCCAACUGUUAUUUCCACAUCUGCUCUGGAGCUCAUCAAGCUUGCGAGGGUGAAGUGGGCAAAAUGGGUCUGA